AUGUCCGCCGUUGCACCCUUCUGCGUCUACGUCCAUGGAUGCCCAGGCUUCCACAACGUGGAAAUCUGCAAAGAGCUGAGCACUCUCAUAAAAGGCUCAGAGGUCCUCAAAAUGGGCCAAAACGUCCGCAGAGGCUGGCGUUUCCUAUGGACUCAGGAGCAGGCGCAAAUGGAAAUGCGCCGUAUCUUGACCGACGCAUUCAGUGACGUCCACCAGGCAAAGCACCAUUCGUGGAUCUUUGCCGACUUCCGCGGCACGCCGAGGGCACUCGACAGCGAUCUGCCUGUCCGAGAGUACGAGAAUGCCGCCGACAGCUUGGGACAGCCAUUCGUCCACGUCAUCCUCCGCUGCCACUCGCCAAGACUGGAUAGCUACAACAGGCUUGGGCGAAGCGUCCUAAUCACCAAUGCCCACGAGUUCACGGUAUUCGAGUCGAUGUGGAAUGCAGAGGUUAUCCGGGCUUUGGGGAAGGCGAACGAGCUGGAGGUGGAUAUCGGUGAUUUGGGGCCAAAGGAGGUGGCCAAGAUGAUAUUCGAAGGAAUAUCCAAAAUUCGGCAUUUAUAA